CGCCAGCGGAGCACCAUGUGCGAGGUUUGCGCCGACUUUCAGAAUCUCCUUGAGCUGUACGAGGUGCGCGUGGCCAGCUCAGAUCUGAAAUUCCAGCUGCUGCUGAAGAGCGAGAUCGAGACGACGUUCAACUACAUCCAGUCUUGGCCGCAGCGCCAGUGCAUGUGCCUGUACCGGGACACCAAGAACUACGAUCGGUUUAACCUAGUGGUGCAGUCGCUUAUCUGCCUAACGGUACAGCACCUGAAGCACAUCGAUCAUCUCAUCGACAACUACAAAAGGCUCACUGCCAGCGCGGCCCAGGUGGUGGCUCAGGCGCAGCAGCAGCAGCGUGAAGAAGCAGAUGCCCAAUCGGAGGCGGCAAAGGAUGCUGCCACUACCUCCACUACCCCUGUCACUGGCUCUGCCGCUGGUUUGGAGGAUGGCAAAAAGGAAGAGCCGACCGGCAUCGAGGAAUCCCAGGGUUCGGGCGAUGGACCAGCCAAGAAGCCUCAUACCCCAGUGGGUCCCAGCACUCCACCGCCACUGCCGCCGCCGGCGACACAAAAGGCCCACCUGCAGUACACCGAAGAGCCAUGGAUCCUGCCUGAGGUAGAGAAGCUGCUGGUGUUAGUGUCCAAGGUGUUCCUCCUCAACUUCCCGCUGUACAUUGCCCAUAAGCAUGGCAUGCAUUCGCGCCUCGACGACCUACAGGCGGAGGAGGCGCACCACCUAGCCCUCAUCUGCGAUCUGCACGACAACGACCUGCCCAUUUAUCUUCUGCGAAAUGUGAGCCUCUUCUGCAACUCGGGCGGCUUUGGAGCCAUGUCGCUGUGCUUCGAGCACCCCGACCUGCCGGUGUCCACCGCGCACUCGAUGACCGCCGCCAUCUCGAACGUGAAGCUCUGGCUGAACUACCACUGCAACACGCAGCUAUUUGUGCCGCUGCGCAGUCGUAUCCUGCAGUACAUGUGCAAGCUGUCGGACCAAAGCUUACGCUCCGCUGCCACUCGUGCCAUGGCCGACUUUGUGUGGUCCUCGAUGCGUGAUCCCCUGGACGUGACUGUAAACUUUGACACCGAGGGCCUGGCCCUGGCUUUUAAGUACUUUACAUCGACGACACUGACCAUGCGACUGGCAGGCAUGGCCCAGAUCAACGCGCACAUUAACCUCUUCAACGAGAUCUGCACCACGGAGACGGUGAACGAGGUGGAGUUGUUUGGCCAGCGCAUUGCCAAUUGGCUGACUGAGAACCACAUUGUGCAGCACCUGUUCGGUCCGAAUCUGCAUGUGGAAAUCGUGAAGCAAGCGCACGUCCUGCUUAAUUUCCUGGCAGUGGAAAACCAGAUCUCCGAAGAGGACAUCAAGCUAAUCUGGCAGGCUACACAGCUAAAGCAUUGUUCCAAGACGAUUUACGACAUACUGCCCUCGCUGGUCAAGAACUUAGCACCGCGCCCGGCCAUGCACCUAUACUCGCUGCUCUGCCGCAUGGAUCCCAAGGAGCACACCGAGCAGAGCAUCUACAUUGCGUCGGCUCUGACGAAGCAGCUGUGGUCCCGAGACUGCUCGCGUAGUCAGAUAAACUUAAUGCAAGACCACCUGCUGGGCUCCAAUGUCACCGCCUCCAGCUCCGACAGUGGAAGCAUCGAAGGCAGCAAUACGGAGGACGACCACGUCGCCGACGACAGCAGCAUAGCAAGCGGUGGCGGUGGCGGCGCAAUUAUCGGCCAAAAGAGUCCCAUAGAUGGUGUAACGCCAUGCAAGCAAGCGCGUCAUAGACGACACGUUUGCGACCCCACCACCGAGAAGGGAAACCCAAUGGGAGCUGAGGACAUGGCCAAGGUCGACAUGGUAAAUAACCGCAUUGUAAACAUCAUUGACAACACCAGCAGCGAAGAGGAGCUGCAGUCGCGAGCCGCCCUGGAGCUGCAGCUGCACCGCAGCCGGAAAAAGACCAGCAACAAGCGACGCCGCCAAAAGGCCAGCAAGCAACUAAUGCUUCCGCAUGAGCUGGUGGAGAUAUGGGACGGAGCCGAGGAUGUCCCUAGCAGCGACGAGGCAGAUGCCGACGGUGAUGGCGACGGUGAAGGUGAGCUUCUGGCGGACAGCGACGAGUGCAGCGAUGGAGCAGCCAGCCAGCUGGUGCCGGACGCUGUUCUUAAGCAUCUCCAAGGCGAAGGACCCUACAUUCGAGCCAUCGAAACCAACAUCAGUGAACUGCUUAGCGGGGCCGAGAACGACGGCAGCUACUCCUCCCCCAUGAGCAACAAGUCGGAGAAAAACCUGGCCGACUUCGAUGACGAGGACGUCUCGCCCUGCGAAGAGGAGCUAGCCCAGUUGGUGAGCUCCCGAGCCAAUUGCCGCGAUGUUCCACCAGCAUUUGCCGCCGCGGCCGCCGCCAUGAUGGUAGCCCAGUCGGCCAUGGCGUUGCAAAAAUCCGGAGAGUCGAAUGUGGCGGCUGCUGCUGCUGCCGUAGCCGCUGCUGCGGCGGCCACUGGCAAUGCCCAGCAGACUUUGGCGGCCAUGAACCGUCAGGCCAGUGUAGCAGCCGCCGCUGCCGCCGCCGUGGCUGUGGCUGCUGCAGCUAAGGCCAAGUCGGACUCGGACGUGGAUCUGUUGGAGGUUAGUCCCUCUGGGGGCAAGCAGCAUCAAUCGCCGAAGGCGAGUCAGAUCAGUGGCCUGACGGUGCAGCCCUCCUUCAAGCUGAACGAUGUAUGCCAGCCGGGAAACACGCUGCUCUGGGAUCUGCUACAGGACAAUAAAAUCGGUCAACUUGGUGAGUCUCUGGCCUUGGAGGCGGAGAAGGCCCUGGCCACGCUGCUGUGCUUCAGUAUGGACCGCCAGCUGCGGACCAAGUUCAUCGAAGGUUGUCUGUACAAUGUGGCGAACAACAGGAGUGUCAUAGUCAGCCUGCGCCUGCUGCCUAAGCUGUUCGCCUCGUUCCAGCAGUUCCGACCCUCGGAUACGCAUUCGAUGACCCUGUGGGCAGAGCGCAAUCACCGCAUGAUGCAGAGCUUCUUCAACAACAUCCGCCACUAUGCGCGCCGUCAUGCCGAACAGUUGGCCACCCAGAAUGGCGAACAGCCGCCGCAGCAGCAGAUGUACUCGCACAAGACCCAGGUCUCUGUGCGACUGCAGUUCCUUUCCUCGAUUUUCUCGUCUGUGGGCUCGCCCAAGAGCUUUCGACUGACGCUGGAUCAACUGGACGCGUUGUGGGAGUGGCUGGCUCACGAUCCGGAGUGCGCCGACUGUUACUUUUCGUGGCUGCAGGCCCAGGCCAAAGGUGGCGACCAGCACGCCCUCGGCAUCGAGGCAUUGCAGCAUUUGUAUCUCAAGAAACUGCCGGAGCUGCGGCCCGAGGAGUUCUCCAUGGUGGCGCUAGGCCUUUUUCAGCAAUUGUGCAGCUUUGCUCGCAUUGCAAUGGCCGAGUACGACAAGCACAGCGAGCAGAUCUCGUCUAGCGCCAGCGCCGUUGGUAUGUACCACCUAUGGAAGAUUGCCCUGCGCGCCCAGAGCAACGAGGUCUCCCUAGCGGCUAUCCAGUACAUUAACAUGUAUUACAUGGGCCAGCAGCUGCGCCUCGAGAAGGAGUUCGUCUCGCAGUGCAUGGACAACCUGGUGCAGACGGCAACAGCCUUGGAGAGUAUGGACGAUGAGAACGCUCUGAUGCGGGUGCAGCGUGGCUUGCUCUUGUUGAACACUCACCUGGAUACGUUCCGGCGGCGCUACGCCUUCCAUCUCCGCCGCUGGGCCAUCGAGGGCAAGGGCAUUGGGUCGCACAGUAACCUCAAGAAUGAGGGAGCGGGCCCGCCGUUACGGAUCGUCCUACAGCAGGCUGGACUCUCCGAGAAAAGCGUUUUGCAGAUGCACGCCUGCGAUCUAAUCGCUGACCUCAAGGCGGAGGUGUCCAAGUGGUGGGAAAGCCUGCAAACGGGCCUUGUAGCUCCAGUGCUCGGUCUGCUGCUAAGCGAUGGACCGUUGCGCAUCAUUACCCAGGGCCAGGAGCUCACCUCUGACUACGACGAACGUAGCCUGGGAGAUGCUGGCUUCAAGGAUAACCAGAUUGUCUACGUAUCGCUGGGAGGACGUGGCGCCAGGCGAAAAGAAUCGAACCUGGAGCACCCGUCGAUGCUACCACCACCACCCAAGGAGUGCCUGCCCACGGUUCUACUGCUGCAACCGAAGUAUUUCGAGAAGUUGUUCUGCCUGAUGCAGACCCUGGGCGACAUGAAGCCCCAAGUCUCAGCCGUAAAUCUGCAGCAUCACACCAAGGCCCAACUGCUGUCGCGCCGCGUGUGGGAUAUCCUGGCCAUGCUGCCCACCAAUCCACAUAUUCUGGACGCCUUUAAGAGCCUAGUAACGGAUCUCAGCGAACUGGAGCAGCUGGACGCUGCCGGGGAGGAGGAGCAGCUGGCCACCAAGCGCAAGCAGAUCAAGCAAAAAUUUAAGGACCUUCUCGAUCCGAAUAAUCUACAGAAAUUCAUGUACUCCCUGCACAUUGUGGAGAGCCUGGCUCUAAGCAGUUCCCGGCGUGGAAACGAGUCUAAUGGGAGCCUGGCCAUUGGCCAUUCUCCCGAGCAAAUUCGUGUGAAGAAGUGCUCGAUUGGUAGGCGACGAAACAGCAACGAGCAGCAGCCCCCUCCGCCAUCCACCCCAGAUUCCAAGCCAGGCAAAGAGCAAGGCGAGCUGGAGGCCGCGCUGACACCCACACCCACUUCUGGCCAGCAGGAUGCGGAGACGGAGGCCAGCAGCAGCAGUGGCGGCGACAAGGAGAAUCAGCCAAAACAGCACAGCAAGCGACAGAAGAAGGGAGAAGCUUUUGAGCAACAGGAAAAGGAGCGGCCACUGGGUUGCUCCACGCCCCCGUCCCCAUCCCCGGGGGCUCCUCCGCCACCGCUAGCCGCGUUGGAGAGAGGCGACAACAAGUGGAGCGAGGCGUUCGUCAAGUGCGGAGGUCUCCGGCACCUCUACGAGAUCUUCAGCGGCGGCCAACUGCAGCAGAGCGCCCAUCCCAAGGAGUUGGCUCUGAACGAGUGGCGCCAUGACUGCUUGGCCAGUCUGCUUCGCAUCAUCUGGCUUCUGGGAUUCGAGGAGCUGCAUACACCAGACGUGCAUGUUCUGAUGUCUCAGCCACACACCUUCAUGCUGCAGUUGAUGGAGGUGCCGGAGUGCCUGGCCCGCCUCUCGUCGAUCCUUAAUGACGAAGUCUAUCAGCAGCAGCAGGUGGCAUCAGCCAGCUCUCUGGUAUUUCCCUACCAGUUCCACCAGCUACGCACGGGCUUCUGGGGCCGGGCCCAACUCAUCCAGUUUGCCAUGAACAUUCUGGUGAGCUUUGUGCACGCUUCGGCAGAGGCUAGAAGACUGCUGUGGGCCCAGGCCGAUGGUGAUCACUGCCGCUGGCUGCAGAAGUUCAUUCUGGAGGAUCCAGAGCCGGCCGUGCGGCGGGAGAUUUGCGCCGGUCUAUAUCGCAUUUGUCUGGGACACGCGCACAGCUAUCGACUUUUGCUGGUCCCGCUCCUGCACAAACUGAUAGCAUUAUUGCCCCUAGCAGAGCAGAUGAGCUCGGGUGCCCAGCACACGCAGUUCCUGCUAUCCGAGGAGGGGAAGGAACCGUACGGACCCGCCUGCCGGGACUACUUCUGGCUGCUGGCUCGACUUGUUGAUACCCUCUCGGCGGAAAUGGUGGCUGAGGAGCACAUCGACAUCGAAAUGCUGUGCGAAAGCAUCUCGCAGAGCAUCCUCACGCGGGACUACUUCGAGCUGCGCCACGGCUUCCAGGACGACGGACUGGUGGGGCUGCUUAACCUCAUGUCCAACCUGAUCAAGUACGACACCACCUUCAAGUACACGCCCAAGGCGCUGUCCUUCAUCGAACAACUGAUUGGCUUCCUGUUUGACAUGCCCUCGCCGGCGGAUCGCCAAAAGCCCAAGUGCAAGUCGGGCACUUCUCGUGCGGCCGCCUACGAUCUGCUGGUGGAGCUGUGCCGCGGCUGCGCCACUAACUACGCCUAUCUCCAUGGACGCCUCCUGGCCCAGCACAAGUCCGGACCCAAGCAGCCCUAUCCCUGGGACUACUGGCCGCGCGACGAGGGGCGCUCCGAAUGCGGCUAUGUGGGACUUACCAAUUUGGGCGCCACCUGCUACAUGGCCUCUUGUGUCCAGCACCUGUACAUGAUGCCGCAGGCGAGGGCGGCCAUCCUGCGGGUCCCCCAGCUUGGCGCUCAGAAGCACGGACCCACGCUGCUAGAGCUGCAAAGGAUGUUCGCCUACCUGUUGGAAUCCGAACGAAAGGCUUACAACCCGCGGAGCUUCUGUCGUGUGUACCAGAUGGAUCACCAGCCGCUAAACACGGGCGAGCAAAAGGACAUGGCGGAAUUCUUCAUCGAUCUGGUGUCCAAGCUCGAAGAAAUGACGCCCGAUCUAAAGCACUUGGUCAAAAGGUUAUUCUCCGGAACCCUGAGCAACAAUGUCGUGUCCCUGGACUGCGGCCAUGUCUCCCGCACAGCUGAGGAGUUUUAUACGGUGCGCUGCCAGGUGGCGGACAUGCGCAACCUGCAGGAAUCCCUGGAUGAGGUAACCGUGAAAGACACGCUGGAGGGCGACAAUAUGUACACCUGUUCGCAGUGCGGCAAGAAGGUGCGAGCUGAGAAGAGGGCCUGUUUUAAGAAGCUUCCCCAGAUCCUGUGCUUCAACACCAUGCGAUACACCUUUAACAUGGUAACCAUGCUGAAGGAGAAGGUAAACACCCACUUCUCAUUCCCACUGCGGCUGAACAUGUGCCACUACGUGGAGAAGACCUUGAUGCCGCAGCAGUACAAGGAAGAGCGAGAGAAGCGGCUAAAGGAGCGGGAGAACGAUGAAGCAGAGUCCGGCAGAGGCGAUGAGAACGACAACGAAAAGGCGGAGGCCUCGCUGGACGCGGACAUUGAGGAGUGCUACGAGUACGAGCUGGUGGGCGUCACCGUACACACGGGCACUGCAGAUGGCGGUCACUACUACAGCUUUAUCAAGGAGCGAACGAAGAACAGCUACCAUCCGCACGAGCGCUGGUUCCUUUUCAACGACGCUGAAGUGAAGCCGUUCGAUCCAUCCCAGAUAGCAGCCGAGUGCUUUGGUGGCGAGAUGACGAGUAAGACUUACGAUUCGGUAACCGAGAAGUAUUUAGACUUUAGCUUUGAAAAGACCAACUCCGCGUACAUGCUGUUCUACGAGCGGCGCCUGCCGGAGCACCUGCAGCGCCGGCACUCAGAGCUGCUGGUCACUCCCACACCCAGUCCCACCGUGGAGGAGAAAUCGGAGGUCGAAGAGCCCACCAAGCUAGAGACUAGCGUAACCAGUGAGAGCAAGUUGGAAGAGGAUGUGAAAGUAGACAACGAGGAUGAAGAUGAGAAGGAUAAGAUGAAGAAAAAUGAGCAGUCGGCUAAGGAAGACAACCAAAUGGAGGCCAAGCCUAAUGAGGAAGAUCUACAGAAGACAGAGUCGCCAGCAGUGGGUAAAAGCGAACAAAAUAAAUUGGAGAAAAAGGGGGAUACAGCAGAGGAAAAGUCGAGCGAGAUGAGCCAGGACGAUGACGUGGAGAAGACAACAGCCAAUUGUGAUAAUCAUAAGCCAAGCAACAAUAGCCACAACAAAGCCAGCAACGACCCGCAGCCCUCCACAUCGAAGGCUGUCCAGAAGCUGCAACUAUUUCGUCCAUUGCUAAAUAAGGAGCUAGAGGAUUGGAUCUGGCAGGACAACCGCCAGUUCCUGCAGGAUCGCAACAUCUUCGAGCAUACAUAUUUCAACUUUAUGUGGCAGAUCUGUGGCCACAUACCCCAAACCUUAAUAUCGGAGUCGGACGUCACUUGCAUGGCCGCCAAGCUGUCGGUGUCGUUCUUCAUCGAGACCUUCAUUCAUGCAAAGGAGAAGCCCACCAUGGUGCCCUGGGUGGAGCUUCUGACUAAGCAGUUUAAUGCCAGCCAGGAGGCUUGCGAAUGGUUCCUUUCGCACAUGUCACUGGAGCCCUUCUGGCCCGUUCAGGUGCUCAUCCAGUGUCCCAACCAGAUGGUGCGACAAAUGUUCCAGCGCCUGGUCAUUCAUGUAAUCCAACGGCUGCGUGCCUCUCAUGCGGACUUGUAUCUGGAUGUGGAAACGGAUGAGGAUGACAAAGAGUUGAUUGGCCAGGCCUCGUGCGUGACCCGUUUCAUAGGUUCGCUCAUCUCGCUGCUUGAGCACGGAGCCCGAUCUCACCUGCGCCACCUCUCGGAGUAUUUUAGCCUGCUGUGCGAGUUCUCGCGCAUGGGUGACGAGGAGGCCAUGUUCCUGCUGCGCAUUGGAAUACUCAAGAGCCUGGUGGACUUCUAUUUGGGCAAUAAGCAAACGGAUAGCAUCGACAUCAGCUCGGACAACGAGGACAACUCAUCGGACGAGGCGCUGUCGGUUGAGAAAAUGCGGCCCGCUUCUCUGGACAAGAUGAUUGCCCUGUGCGCCAGCCUGGUGGAGAGAUCCCGCGGUGCCGACUUCCGGCUGCGUUUGUCACCCAAAGACUUCAACGCGAUUGCCGGCGGCAAGGGGUUUCCAUUUUUGUAUCAACAAAUAAAGGACGGCAUUAAUCCGCACCAGACCAAGCAUUUAAUCCACGCUCUCUGCCGCUGGGACGAGCGGCUCGCCACGCAGAUUAUUGGCAUGCUCUUCGCCUCAGUGACCAAGCACACGGAAUUGUGCGCCCCAUUCUUCAAGCUGCUCACCCUCCUCACCGAGACGCAAGCCGGCCCAGUGGGCCUGCCGUGCUUCACUCAGCUCAUCCUGCCGCGCAUGUGGGACGCAGCCGAGUAUUGCCCACAGUCGGUGCUCGAUUGGUUGUCGUUGCAGGCCACCAAAAACAAGAUCGCGCACACCUGGAUUCUUCAAUCCGCCGAACAGUGGCUGGAGCAGUUUCUGCUGGCCCAUGACAAUACGCGUGUGCGUAACGCUGCCGCCUUCCUGCUGGUCGCCCUGGUACCCUCACAGCCCUUCCGGGCCAACUUCCGAGCCCAUUCGCAGCACAAACUGCUGGCCCUAAAUCCGCACAGCUAUCGUGACAUCAACAGCGAUGCCCAGGUGGUGCUUCAUCAGGUGAUCACGCUGCUCCUGCGGCUGCUGCGACCCGCAAGGGUCUAUGCGGAUAUCGGAGCCCAUGGCACCACCAAGCUGACAGCCUACUUUAACCUGCUCAGCUAUUGUAUGGUUUCAAAGACUGAAAAACUAAUGAUAGGUUCAUUCAUGCGCUCCCUGUGGGAGCUGUUCCAUCCACGGCUAUCGGAGCCGAGCGUGCCGGCCCAUCACAACAAGCACGCUCUCCUGACCUUCUGGCAUCACUCACUGGUGGACUGUCCAGAGAACGCUGCCCAGGUGGCCAACUGCCCGGAGAUAACGCGCAACAUAGCAUUUAACUACAUUUUGGCCGACCAUGACGAUGCCGAGAUAGUCACCUACAAUCGAUCCAUGUUGCCCGCCUACUACGGCCUGUUGCGUCUGUGCUGCGAGCAGAGCCGCGCCCUCACCCGCCAGCUGUCGCAGCACCAGAACCUGCAGUGGGCAUUUAAGAACAUCACGCCGCAUCCCACCCAGUACGCGGCCGCCGUGGAUGAGCUGUUCAAGCUGAUGGCGCUGUUCGCCACCCGCCAUCCGGAUGCUAGCGAGCAGGAGAAGCUCGAUGUCACCCAGUUUCGGAGGGCGGUGAUCGUGUCCUACACCAGCAGCCUGGAUGCUCGAGUAUCCUGGUCCACGCUGAUCAGUGCACUGAAGAUACUGGUGGACAACGAGGAGGACCGCACCAUGGUGAUCUUCAACGGCGGUAUCGAGAUGUGCUUCGAGGCGCUGCACACUCUACAUUCCAUGCACCACGAGGCCACCGCCUGUCAUGUGGCCGGGGACCUGUUCGACCUUCUGGGGGAACUUCUGCUUCUCCUGGCCACUUUGCGCACGCGCACUGACAGUCCGGCACAGAAAAAGCAGCAGCAGCAACAGCAGCAGCUGGAGCAGCAGUUGCAGCUGCAACAACAGCAAAUGCUUCAAAAGCAGCAGCAACAGCAGCAGUCCCAGAGCCAAACGCAGGCGCCCCAAACGCCGCAACAGAAGGAAAAACAACUGCAACAGCAGAUGCAGCAGCACCUGCAACUGCAGCAGCUCCAACAGAUGCAGUUCCAGCAGCAGCACUUCCUACGCCAGCAGCACCAGCAUUCGGCUUUGGCUAAGGCCCUGCCGGAUGCGGUCAAGCGGCUGGCCACGUUGCUCAACACCUUCAACUCGCCGGAGAUCAGCCGCAUGGCCCUGGAGGUGCUCAAGGAGUUGGUGCGGAACACCAGCCUCGAGGCCAUUAGCAUUCUGGCCCCCAUCCUGAUCAACUGUCACCUGUCCGUAGCGAAUGCCCCCAAUGCCAUCGGACCCCUGGGACCGUACUUCCCCCGUCGCGGGGCUAAGCACUCGCCUUGGCCCCUCGGCGCCAAGAACUCACCGCGACCGCCGCGACCCAUGGUCCAGAUGUGCAUCGCCCUGGCGGAGUUGACGCCGCGCGGCUUGGAUGCGGAGUACGACGCGCAAGUGGAGGCGUUCUACAGACCCUAUCACGACUUUAUUGACGUUAUGAUGCGGAUGUGCGUAAACACGGGCACGCUUAACGACACGCUGGUUAAGCUGCAAUGCCUGGUGGCCAUCGAGUCGACGCCGCUCCACUUUAACUACUUUCCAAAGUUCUGGGUGGGCAUCCACAACAAUGCCCUAACGCACAAAUACGUGGAGCUGCUGGUGAAAAACCAGUUGCUGGUGGAAUACUUGCACAAUGUCCUCAGGGACGAGCGCAGCAUGCUCAAGGAUGCAUGCGUGCGUGAGUUUCUCGAGCUGUACUACCACAAGGUGGCAGCCCAGCUGCCGGUGGCACGCAUGAUCUACACCAUCAACUACGGCAUGCACUCCAAGGAUGACAUCGACGAGCUGUGCGGGGAUCUGUUUGCCAUUCGAAUCAUUGCCCAGGCCACCGGAGUGCCGGCCUCAGUGCGCAAGGAGCUGCGAGGAUCUCUGAGGGCUCUUCAAAACAAGAGCGAAAGGUUUAGAAAGGAGUCGGAGCGAGAUCAAUUUCCGAACAAGAAGCAAAAACGCGAGACCCACAAGGACAAAACGAAGGAUCUGGCACAGCUUGCAGAUGGCGACGACGCCCUUACAUCAGUGGAUGGCGUCGACAAACCAGCAGAUGUCUCCAUGGAGACGGUCGGAAGCAGCAGCAAUGAACCAGAGACUUCAGAUGGCAGUGCCAAACCGCCCACACCAGCCGGCAGUGACGACGAGCAAAUGGAAAGGACGUCAAUACCCUCAUCAGAUGACGAGACCGAGCUGGAGGACGAGCUUGAACCCACACCGAAGCGCAACAAAAAGGCGUCUAACAAGAAGACCGCUCAAGAUCGUCUAAACGAGGAUCGGGAGAAACGUCUGAUCACUCUGAUAACCAUGGAAUCGUACAUCCAGAGCAUUUUCGCCAUUCUAAAGAGGGAUUCAAGUCUGUCCAGUACGGGGGUGAAUAAAGAACCCAAUGAGGAGGGCUCUGCAGAGGCCUCCACAUCAGCGGCGGCAGCUACAAAAGCGUCCCGACCCAAGGGAGCCUGCACUCCGCCCGAACCUAUGCCGGAGGUCAGCGAUAUUAGGUGCAACAUGGAGACAGAGAGGGACAUGGAGACGGAGCCGCAAUCGCCAUCGACCAGUCAGACCAACGGCAGCCAGCCUGCGGAAUCCCCAGCAGCGAGCAGUAGUGGAGACCCCACACCUGCUGCCUCGUCUACCGUUGCGUCCACGUCCCAGGCAGCGAGUCCGACACAGAUUUAGUUGUCAUUCAACGAUUUGCUCAGCAUUUUGUUUUUCGGCAAGCCGCUGGACUGAUAAUGGGCACCAGGGGGCGACUGGCCACGUCGCCGGAGCUCCUAACUUGUAAGAAUUUUGUGGCCAAAGGUCAAUGUUACACAAUAUGUACUCAUAAGCAACCCAAGGUUGGUGCUAAUGGUGGGCUUGGGGGCGAAACAUACCUAAAUAAAUCCGACAGACGAAAGCUAUAAGAUGUCUAUCCCAGGAGACCAGCUCAAGUUACAAGUGGAAACGAGUCUUGGACCUGUUAGACACUUAUUUAAGCUUAGCCUAGCAGCAUCUAACAACAAAUAGCGAGGUAACUCCACAGAUUCAAUCACAUUCACGAAGGAAACACACACACAUAUAUUCAAUAUAUAGCAAUAAAUGUAAUUAAGUUAAGACUUCCUCCAAGCACGAUGAUUCCCAUCCCCCUUUCAGAUGGAAGUUUAUUAUGAAAACCAUUGGAGAAAUUUGUUAUGCCAAAAAAGUAUAUUAAAAACAUGUGAAUUAGAGGCAGCACUAGAACUACAAAUUGAUCGUUUGAAUAGGAGAGCGAGCGAACGGCUUACGAGACGCUAAUAUCUAUAUAUGUUGUAUUAGAUCCAUUAAGUAUCAUUUAUGAAACGAUGCUAAGAACAUUUGCUUACCUUUUCUCGUCCUAGUCCCCACUCCCUGUUCCCCCCAAUGCACCAUAAAUAAUACAUACGUUAGAAGUGAACCGAUAUUAUUAUAAUAGAGCGUAAAGAACCAUUUUAAAUAUUGGAUGUGUUGCAAAUAUGUCAUAAUCAUUUUCAAUUGUAAAUUGCAUAACGCAAGCCGAUCGAACGGAAGGAUAAAAUGUAAUGUUUAGCACGUAAGAAGAGAGUUGUCCCAGAGUGAAACACAACAGGACAAACAUUGAUAAUGAUUAAACAAAAAUAAAUAAAUUUAAACAAACGAAGAGCGGGUCGCAUAUAUUGAUAGUUCUAAGCACACAAAUAUAAACAAUCGAAGUCCCCACAAACCCAAUGUAAUGUUGAAAAACAAAAACAAAACAAAAAAAAAUAGAAA